AUGGCCAACGGCACCAACUCCUCCGAGUACUUCUGGUCUUAUGAAUAUUACUGGGAUUACAUAGACCCUGUUCCAGUCGAUGGAAGCAAACUGAAGGUUAAUAAAUACUCCAUCGUCAUCGCCUUCUGGGUCGGCCUCGCCGCCUUCGUCACGUUCCUUUUCCUUGUUCUGCUGUGCAUGUCCUGCUCUGGAUCAACACCAGCCAACACGGCCACGAACGGCAGCGCGGGCUCGGGCAGGAGCUCAUUAGGCACUGACUGCGCUCGCGCUAAUUAACGGGCACGAGAGCACCCGGGGCAGAUCCUGGCGCAAGGACCGAGCGCGCGCCAGCGGAAUGUGUUGGAAUCCCUUUGCGAUCCCAGCAGUUUGAAGUUUGGGAAUGCUGCGGGACAUGCUCAAGGCGUCAGUAAUGUUUUUAAGGAAAGCCACCAAGGAGCGGUGGAAAAAAACAAUAAAGAAUAUUGCCUAUU